AUGAAGUUACUGCAGUCUCAAGGAAAGACUAAUCUGGUGUACAGAUUUGCUUAUGUAAUUGACACAGCACGUCCUGAAUCUGAUGAGUCUUUACUGCCUCUGAACCGAACGCCGUUUGGUUGGAUUGAAUAUCAAAUUGUCUUCUUCUCGUCCACAAAUAUCAGUCAGGUUAGUUUCACAGUGCCAGUUGUGUUAAUCUGCAUUACUGUAAUCUUAUGUAUCUGAUAAAAAUGUAUUGAUUAACGAGAUGAAAUUCUCUUUGAGCAGGUUGAAAGCAUCUUUACAGAUUUAUUUGUGAUGACUUCAGUGGGGCUGUUAACUUGAAUGUACGUUUGUGGGAUGGACAAAAUGAGUAUUAUAUAGCCCUUCCUAUCAGGAAAAAAUAAGUCUCAAUAAAUUUAAUUGAGUUUGUAUAGGUUUGAGAAUUAUUUUCUCUUUCACUGUCUCAUAAUUUUUUUCUUGUUUGUUUGUAUUUUAGGCAAAGGUGCCCGACGAUUUUGCCAUGUGGCAAGAGACUAUGUGCUCAGAGUUUCCAUCGUGA